AUGAAACCUCCGCGCCGUUGCCUGCAGCUGAGAUAUUUAUCCCCGACCGUCAAGACGGCAGCCACAUCCGGCAAGCGGGCGAAGAAUGUAAGAAAGAAUUAUUUCAGCACCGGACAGCCCCAAGACUCAGAGGCCUACCACUGUGACACGUGCCCCAUAAUAUUGAAGCGCCCCAUAAUAUCCUCGCAAAGGCCCCAAGAGGGGGCCCACGAACCCUGGGGGGAGGGGGAAGAGCAACAGCUGCGCCACCACGCUGCCACCGUGCGCUGCCGGAGGCUGCGUGGUCACGUCUGGAGCGGAAGAAUCAAAAACGCUGCCGCCAACGUCUUGCGGGAAACGUGGCUCAUCUACAAACACACCAAGCUGCUGAAGAAGAUUGACCACGCCAAAGUCCGGAAGCACCAGAGGAAGUUCCUCCAAGCCAUUCACCAGUUAAGGAGCGUGAAGAUGGAGCAGAGAAAGCUGAGCGAUCAAGCGAACACCCUGGUUGACCUUUCCAAGAUGCAGAACGUCAUGUACGACCUCAUCACGGAGCUGAACGACCGCAGCGAGGACCUGGAGAAGCAGAUCGGGGGCUUGGAAUCCAAACUGGAACAGCUGGCCACCAGCUUCCAUUCCCUGCCCUUGCUGAUCACGGACGCUCUGCGCCAGCAGCAGCAGCAACUCCUGGCCGCCGUCAUCGAGGCCCGGGGGAUGAGCGUGGGGGUGGGUGCCCCCCAGACUCCUCUGUCCGACAGCCCUCUUGGGGUCAGCUCCACCUCUUUCCCCACCCCCUACACCAGCUCCAGCAGUUGUUGAACCGCAGCGG